UAUCUUUCGUGAAGCUGUGAAAGCCGACUCCAGAAGAUGAAAUUUAUACGAUCCUCCCUUAACCAUUGAACUCUUUCCAGUUGAAGAGGCUGACGAGUGACGAAGUUGUAGUGAUCUCCACCAACCGAUAUGAGAAAAUAGAUUUCGCAAAAUUCCAAGUCACAACAAAGCAAAAGAGAAAAGGGGAAGGUGAAAGUCAAUGCCUCCUCGAGGAUUUUCCUUCUUUGGAGGAGGAGGGGGUGGUGAUUCGAAGAGAGAGAAAGUGAAGGGUCCUCCGUCAUUGCUGAAAUUACAGACGGAUAAAGAUGUGUAUAGACCUGGUGAUCCAGUCCUCAUCACCAUUGAGAUUCAAAACCCACCCAAGGAUGAUAAUGCUGUUUGUUCUUCGCUUUUGGUUGAAAGGCUUACCUUCGAAAUCAAAGGAAUCCAGAAGUUGGAUACUCAAUGGUUCACCACCCAGAAGCCAUUAUCCGAUUCCAAACGCAGGAGAGGUGAAUAUGUUUUUAUGGACUGCCCAACGACAUCAAUAGUUUCAAAUCAGAUUAUUUCUAUUGGGGACACUAAAACAUAUUUGGUGCGGAUUUUUCUGCCAAGUGUUAUACCACCAUCAUUCAGGGGUGUUACCAUUCGUUAUGUCUAUUAUGUUAGAAGUACAUUAAAUGGACAUUAUCUGAUAUUGGGGAAUGGGCAAACUCACCAAGAGUCUAUAAGAGAUCUCGCUGAGCUGGAAGUGCGAAUCCCUUUGCAAAUAUGGGUCACUCAGAAUAGCAAUGGUUUGCUAAUUGAACAAGAUAGAAUUGAUGGUAUUGUUCCUACUUCAACCAUCCUUUUGGAUGUCUACUGGAAAGAGGUGGAUGGAGACUCUGAUUGGGCUAGAGCUAAUGAAACAUAUGAUGGAGUUGAGGAAGGCUAUGAGAGCUCAAGGGAUGAAAUCUCAUCCGUUUCUUCCUACAAUCCCACCAAGGAAAAUAUACACAGAGCCUUUGGAAGUUCAUUAUCCUUGCAAUCAUCUGUUGCAAAGUCAUCACAUAGAGAUGCUCCAUUUCUCGAAGGACGCAGUAGCAUAUCUUCAUAUAUGCCACUUCCUCAUCUAUCCGUGUCUGAGGUUUUAUAUGAUUCUGGUGAGGAUGUUUUAUCACCCCAAAAGUCUUCAGCUAUUGUCUCUCCUAGCCAACAACUUAAACAUAGAGAAUCCCUUCCCACAGAUGAUGAUUCAGGAGUGCCAACUGUUCCAGGAACUGUCGAACCUGUAGCAUCAGAAGGCUUUAUUCGAGGAAGAUCUUACAAUAUCAGGCUGGAUGACCAAGUUCUGCUCCGAUUUUCACCAAAGAACUCUGAUUCAACUUACUACUUCAGUGACAUGAUAGGUGGCACUCUUACUUUCUUUCAUGAAGAAGGAGCUCGGAGAUGCCUCGAGAAUUAUUGUGGUUUCCAGCUUUCAGUAACCCUGGAGAUGUCAGAGGCUAUAAGUCGUCGGUUCAUCCACCCUUCUCGGAAACAUUCUCCUACAAUUACUAAGGUUCAGAGCGAUCAUCAUGAAGUUGUUGCAGAUUUGGUCCAGACAAGCUUUCUCUUUUCCAUUCCCAUGGAUGGGCCUAUGUCUUUUUCCACUCAGCAUGUCACUGUGCAAUGGGCUCUUCGUUUUGAAUUCUACACCACUCCAAAGAAUGUGGACUGGACUAGAUUUGAGCAUCCUCUUUUGAUAGAGGGAAGAGACAAAAGCGAGUGGGUUCUUCCUAUAACCGUGCAUGCACCUCCACCGGGGACUCAAGCGCACAUCCGAAAUGAGAAGAAUCUCUCUUUUGAACCAUUGUGGGCUCAUAAUUGAAACAGGUGAUAUGUUCUCUGAAGAGAUUUUGUGGAAUGGGAAAUCAAAAUGUUGCAGUGCUUUGAAGAGGUGACAAGAUGGACUUUUGCUGCUGCUACCUUGUUAUGUGUGAUCCUAGAAUAUAAUCUCUAGCCAAGCGGAUUCUCUUUUUUAAUUUAUUUAUUUAUUUUGGGUUAAUGAAUGUAAAGGUUGAAAUGGAUUUUUUUAAAAUUUUUGAAUUUCUUUAUGAUCUUUCUCUCAUUUUGUGAUGAUAAAUAUCCUAUUGUCAAUGAUUCCAGUUCAUUUCAGCUUCUCGAAAUUAUAGAAAUAAUGAAUUAACAUCCUUUGAACUCU